AUGAGAAGGAAUUCUCCCAUGGAGCUCCCAGAUGACUUCUGGAUCCCUGUUCCUUUGGAUACCGACAACAUUACUUUGUUCAGCCCAUUCCUGGUUCCCCAAGAUCACCUCGGGAGCAAGGCGAUUUUUUAGUCCAUGUCAGCAUUUAUGUUCUUGAUAUUUGCCAUUGGCACAGCCGUCAAUAUCGCCACUAUUGCAUGCACCGCCAAAUAUAAGACGCUACGAUCUCACCUGAACUACAUCCUGGUCAAUUUGGCUGUGGCCAACCUCCUUGUCGCCUCUGUGGGCUCCUUCACUUGCUUUUACUGCUUUGCCUUCCGAUAUAUGAUUUUGGGACCACUUGGCUGCAAGAUUGAAGGAUUUACUGCAACUCUUGGGGGUAUGGUAAGCCUUUGGUCUCUAGGAGUGGUAGCUUUCGAAAGGUGGCUGGUUGUGUGCAAACCUCUGGGAAACAUUGCCUUCAGAUCUAUUCACGCUAUUGCUUGCUGCGUAGCAACUUGGGGUUUUGCUUUGAUUGCUGCACUUCCUCCGCUGUUCGGGUGGAGCCGGUAUAUCCCUGAAGGAAUGCAGUGCUCUUGCGGUCCGGAUUGGUACACCACGGACAACAAGUUUAACAAUGAGUCCUAUGUGAUGUUCCUCUUCUGCUUCUGCUUUGCAGUACCGUUCAUCACAAUUGUUUUCUGCUACUCACAGCUACUUUUUGUGCUGAAAUCUGCCGCAAAACUCCAGAGUGAGUCGGUUUCCACUCAGAAGGCAGAGAAGGAGGUGACCAAGAUGGUUGUCAUCAUGGUACUGGGCUUCUUAGUGUGCUGGAUGCCGUAUGCCUCAUUUGCCGUUUGGGUCAUCAAUAACCGUGGGCAACCUUUCGACCUGAGGCUGGCCACCAUACCCUCCUGUCUUUCCAAAUCCUCAACCGUCUACAACCCUUUUAUCUACAUCUUUCUCAACAAACAGUUUCGAUCUUGCAUGAAGGGGAUGUUGGGGAUGAGUAGAGGAGAUAACGAUGAAUCUUCAACAAGUCAGUCAACCACUGAAGUCUCGAAAGUUGGACCUGCUUAGAUUGUUCCAUGAUAAACGGGAAUGACUUGCACAAUGUAAACAAUAUGAAUUGCAAUAUAGUAUGGCACUUUGUCAAAGAACAAAAAACGUUUCAAAAUGAUGUGUAUAAAUGCUA